AACCUAGUUCCUCUUCUGCCCCCUCUAGCAGCUAUCCCCAAACAAAGGCAUUUCUGAUGCUGGAGAGCCUCUCAACUUAGCUUCACCACAAUUUCAUCAAAUUAAGCAAUUUCAAUGUCGUCUACGUCGCUCUCCAAUCCUUCCCUUUCCAUUCUUUUCGUUGGCCACAAACUUCGUCAAAAUCAGAAUACGAAGAAUGGGAUAUAUUAUUUUCCCGUUUUUAGAAGACAUAAAAGCCCUAGAUGUGCCGUGGAUAUGCCUUCCGGAGGGAAUGCUCCGAGUUUUCCUCGAGUUAGAGUUUGGGAUCCCUAUAAACGGCUUGGUAUUAGUCCCUAUGCUUCAGAGGAGGAAAUUUGGUCAGCACGCAAUUUUCUCUUACAACAAUAUGCUGGACAUGAGAGAAGUGAAGAAUCAAUUGAAGCUGCUUUUGAGAAACUACUUAUGGCCAGCUUUCAGCAUAGAAAGAAAACCAAGAUCAACUUGAAAAGUCGACUAAAGAAGAAAGUAGAGGAAUCUCCGCCUUGGAUUAAAAACUUGCUCAAUUUUGUCGAACUUCCUCCAGUAGAAGUUAUUUUUCGAAGAUUGUUCCUAUUUGCCUUCAUGGGUGGCUGGAGUAUAAUGAAUUCUUCUGAGGGUGGACCUGCCUUUCAGGUAGCUGUAUCUUUAGCAGCCUGCAUAUAUUUCCUUAAUGAAAAAACAAAGAGCUUGGGUCGGGCAUUUGUUAUCGGACUCGGCGCUCUUGCAACUGGGUGGAUAUGUGGUUCAAUCUUUGUUCCAAUGAUUCCAACAGUUCUAAUUCACCCAACAUGGACACUGGAAUUGUUGACUUCAUUAGUAGCGUAUGUUUUCCUGUUUCUUGCAUGUACUUUUCUCAAAUGAAAAUCCAAAACUGUUAUGUCUCUUAUGAAGUUUUGAAACUAGAUUGAACUCCUUUUCUUACACAUACAUUUAAUCUGCAAACAAGAAUCGUAAAGUUUCCGCCUUAUUUCA